UUGCUUUAUUAGGUUUUGGCUUUGUUGAGGAGGCGGUGUUAAUCUUCUAUAGCAAAGAAAAGAUAGCGACAGCCCGCAGGAGAAACUGAGAUACAGAGAGAGAUUGAAAUUCAAUAAAAAAGCAAAUUAUCGACUAUGACUGACUAUGGGCAGGAGCAGGAGAUGGAAAUUGAAGCAUUGGAAGCCAUACUCAUGGAUGAGUUCGAAGAAAUUCAUUCUAGCGAGAGUGGCUUAAAUACUUCUAAUCGUUGCUUCCAAAUAAUAAUUUCCCCACAGGAUGAUGACACGGAUGAGUCUACUGACAUUCCAGUUCAGCUAGGUCUAGUUUUCUCCCACACAGUAAAGUAUCCAGAUGAACCACCACUUUUGAAUGUGAAGAGCAUACGAGGUAUCCAAGCAGAUUAUCUUAAAAUUUUGAAAGAAAAGCUUGAGCAAGAGUCAUUUGAAAAUCUUGGUAUGGCGAUGGUCUACACGCUAGUUACAUCUGCUAAAGAGUGGCUGUCUGAAAGAUAUUGUCAAGAUGCUAUCAAUGAGGACAUUGAAAACGAAGAGGCAGCAAAAGAUGAUGUAAUUGUCCCACAUGGAGAACCUGUUACUGUUGAGACAUUUUUGGCUUGGAGAGAAAUAUUUGAAGCAGAGUUGGCCCUUGAGCGAGCCAAGCUGAUGCCAGAGUCUGCCCUCACAGCCCCGAAGGAGAAGAAGCUUACAGGCAGACUGUGGUAUGAAAGUGGAAAAGUGAAAGGUGCAGUAGCAGUCAAUGAAGGAUCUGAUGCGGAAGAUGAGGAAGAAAUUGAUUUUGGUGACGAUGAUUUUGAAGAUGAUGAAGAAGAUAUGCUUGAGCACUAUCUGGCGGAGAAAUCUGACUCCUCACGCUCCGAGGAGAGCUGUGUAAAUGAAAGUAUUUGGUGUCGUAAUUAAGGUUGUCGAAGGGGAGGCAAGUGUAUCAGCUGAGGAAGAGGGAUGUGUAGAUCCGAGGGAUUUCCUUUUGUUCAAGGGAGGGGCAGGAGGGGUUAAUGUAGAGAUGCAAUCCAGAAUUUAGAACAAGUUGAGAAAAAUGUAGCACAUGAAUUGAAGUACUCUAUUUGCUAAGUUAAUCCAUUACCACUACGUGUGGACAUUGUUA